UUAAAAAAAAAACCAUUGAGAAUUUAUCUCAAAAUAAAUAAAUAACCUUGAGAAAUGACAACAUUUCAUACGAAGAACAUCUCCUUUAGAAACGGCAAGAUUUCCGUGCGUGUACUAGUUGCUGUGGACUGUAGUUAAUGUUCCUUUUCGUUGGAACUCUGUCUGAUCUUUAAUGUCAAUAUCGAACACAAAUAAAGAUAGUUUGCUUUCAUCCCAAUUCCCUUCUUUCAGACCGUCCUAACUGCGCCUUAUCCACCACCGACGCCAAGUUCUGAAGGAGUUUCGAAGUGGCAUAUAUAUAAAAUAUAUACAUUUUCCUUUGAUUCAAUAAUGUGAUUAGGAAUUGUGGGUAUUCAGUGAAAUUGCAAAAUUUGGACAUAUCAUCCUUUAUUUCAAGAUUUCAUGUCAAAUUAAUUCAUCAUAAAUCUGCUAUGUCUCCUGAAUCCUGUGGCUCAGCCUUGCUUUUGGCUUUGCCGGACGAUGUAUUCUCACUUAUCACUCGGUCACUCUCGCCACAUGACGUAUGCAAUCUUGGUCUAUGUCGUCGGAGUCUAUAUGCCCUUGUAGCCUCUGAAAAACUAUGGUUUGCUCAGUGUGAGAGGUUAGGAAUUGUGCCUCAACAAGAGCUCAUAGAAUGGCGAAAGGUCGUCUCAUCUUAUAAGGCCCUUUGCCGCUUUCUAUAUACCGUUAAGUCAUUGAUGGGAAUAUGGGUUCACCAGAAUCCUGAGCUUGGCAAUGUGGUUUAUGUCAUGCCUGGUUUUGUUUCUGUUGUUGGGUGUCGAAUAAUACCUCAGGAACUUGGCCCAUUAGGAAUUGAGGAUGGCCCUAUUCUCUGGGCUCCUGUGUUUGAAAUCUUUGGUGAUUGUGAUGGUUGUACAACGUUUUUCCUACAUGGAAGGGAGAAGGGAAAUGACUAUUUGUAUCCCGGGUCGAUCAAGUCCAUUGACAGGACUUGCAAUGUGCUAUUGCUUGAGGUUGAGCCUAGACAUCAUGAAACCAAAGUCAAAUUGUUGCAAAGUAAGAGUUUAGACAAAGAGGUGCCCAGAAAGGUUUGUAGGUCAAAUAGUGGAUUGUCAAGAUCGCAUAGGGUGUAUAAUCAGAGUGAAUCAACAGUACCCUUUAGUCGAUUGGCUUUUUGUGAUAGAAGAAAGUUGCUUGAGAUCAUUACUAGCCAAGUUCGUAUAAAGAUUCCUGAACUGGGAAAUGGUCCGUUGUUUCCUCCAAUAAGGACUGAUGAGGAGAACUUUUGUAAAGAGAUGGUGCUAUUAUAUGAACGAAGAUCAGUGCUGAUUCAAAAGCAUAAGCUUGGUGGAGGUCACGUUGAUUGGAAAACAAACCCUCAACUACCUUCAGCUGAUCCUACCCAACUGGAAUUAAGUGAGUUCAGGAAAACUCUUGAACGAUCAAGUGUUCUUCGUCAUUCUGUUAGUGAAGAUGGUGAUAAUACGCAAGACAACAAGAAGAAAACUCUUGGCAAGUAUUUUAGCAAGAGCAUUAAUCAGAUCUUUCGGAAGUCUAACAGUAGUGUGCCUUCAAAUAGCAGUUCAAGCAGUGACAGUAAGCAUGCACAACUUCAUGAGUUUCUGAGGUCAGGCGAUACAAUAGGACUAACACUACAUGCCACCACCGUGAAGCUAUCAUCUUAUAGGGCAUGGCCAAAUAUGCAUGACAGUCGGUUUGCCCUUUACAAGUUGCCAUUGCGCAUUCCGACUGCUGAACAAGAGUAUUCUGGUCUAUGGGGGGGAACUUUUGGCUGGCCUCCUGGAAAGCCUACUGAAGACAAGCCUGGAAAGGCUUUGUUCUUUCUCUUGCUUUCAUAUGAGGAGUCCCAAGGGCAAAGGAUGCUCAUUGCAACCAAAAUAUUGGAAGGCACUCAUUAUGUUCUGCAUCCUAAUGGCUCGGCAAUGUUUACCGUGAAUGUGGAUGAGCCUUCACCAGAUCCAUUUCCAUGGGAUUUGGAUGCAGAUUCCGUUCCUGUGAAUGUGGAACAUGCUUAUGUUGGGGAGGGCAUUGCAAAUGGAUAUGGUUUCAGAUAUCCAGGUGCCAAACCUGGUUCCCUCUUCGCAUUUCAAAAUGGUCAUCUUGCUUUCAUUUGGAAGGAGACGAGAGCUGUCCUAACCCUGCAGAGGCUUAACUUGCAAGAUCUUUUGAAGAAAGGUGAAAAAGUGGCUGCUCUUCCUCCAAUCGCAAAUUUUUCGUAUUUAACCAAGUCGUACUCGAAUGUUUUUGCUGGCUUUCCAAACUCCUCAAAUUGUUUAUCUUCACCAAGGCAGAGACAUUACUGAGACACUCAUGGGCAGUUUUUGGAUUAUGGAACGAAUAUUAUCAAUUGGCUAUGCCACUGCCAUUGCUAUGCCUGGUUUGGUGGCAAUCUUCAUCUCCCAGUGCUUCAAAUUCACACAGGAGAUACCAAGUCCUGUAGGUUGACAUGGCAGUGUUCAUUCUACUCUGUAUUGUGUUUGUAGAGUUAUAACGUUUUAUAUCAAUGUAUGGUAAUAAACAGUAGGCAUAAUCCUUUUGUUUGAAACAAGGGAUUCUAAUAAAGUUUGAAAUACUAGAGGUCUGAGUUAAAGCAUUGUAAGUUAUACAAAUAAAGUUCCUAAAUUUGAAGCACCACUAUUUGACUUUGCCUCAUAUAGUUCAGUCCUCUUAUCUUCUCUAUUAUUAUUUUUUU